AUGUGUAACCUACAUGCAGGAAUAAGCACGUGAACAGUAUAGGUCAACCUGGUGCGGUAGAGAAAUGUGGGAUGUGCAUAUGAUAUAUCACUCACACAGACCCACUCUCUCUCCUCUCUCUCUCUCUCUCUCCGUUCUCUCCCUCCUCCCCCUACAGAAGAUGAUGUGGACCUGGAGGCGCUGGUGAAUGACAUGAACUCCUCGUUCGAGAGCCUGUACUCCACAUGCAGCAGCGUGCAGUCUGAGUCAGUUCCCCUCCUGCAGCACAACGGCCAGGUGCACGUGCACCGCGACCACCACCGCAGCUCCCCCAUGCCCCCCCACCCCCACACCUCCCCCAGCGACCUGCAGCCCAGCCCCACCUCCCCCAAACAGAGACUCCGACGCUCCCAGCCCAUGCACAUCCUCGCCGUCAGGUAUGUCUGCUGUGUUGGCACGUGCACAUUCACACACACACACAACACACACACACCCAAUAGAUACAAUUCCUCCACAUCUAAACAAGGGACCAUGUUCUCAGUAUGCUCUGUGGGGACAGGUAUGUGCUUAUUAUAGUUCAUCGUUUUGCCUAUCCGCAGCCUCUCUGGGACCCAUUCUCCCCCUGUCACUUUCCCCUGUCCUAGCAUAGCAUAGCAGAGGGGGAGACCAAGUUCAAAUUUCUCUUUUAUUCUAGAAACAGGGUGCCUACUGCUCCCAUAAGUUGAGAGGAACUUUUAUUCACCUCAGGUCUUAAUGAAAUCUAAACCUGUCUGUCAGAGUUGUAACAUCCAUUAUUUUCGAUCCCUAGAGAAAGUUUGGCACUGGCUGGUAAUGAGAUAUAUCAUUGGCUCAUUCUGUCUGUUGGAUUGAAAUGAUAUGGUUCAGCUUAUUAUUCAGUCCUGACCUCCAAAUAACACCCUGCUCCUGCCUCACAUGGAACUACAUCAAACUACAUCAAAAGCUUCUCCUUUUGAACUCCCCUCCCUUACCAGCUUGGGUUUGGAGAAAGUAUAGAGAAAUGCUAAUGAUGGCUAUCUGCCUGGCUGCUGCAGUUCAAUUCAGAUGCUAGUCAUCUGAUUAAGCCAAGCCAAACUCUUGUCUGUUUCUGAUUGACAGUCAGGGUCUGCAUCCCAAAUGGCACCCUAUUCCCUACAUAGUGUACUACUUUUGACCAGAGCCCUAUGGGCCCUGGUCAAAAGUAAUGCACUAUAAAUGGAAUAAUAGGGUGCCAUUUGGGACGCCGCCCUAGUCGGUUUCUUAUUGACAGGCAGACAGUGAAUGAACAGGCUGUUGCCCUUGCAGCAGGUCAUGAAAUGGGCACUUUCCUCUUGAAACUGCCUGAAAUAAUGGUUUGAUGAAUAUUGCAUGUAAUUAGUAGCUCCAAAAACGCUGGCAAUCUUCCUGUGGUGUGGCAGAAAGAAUCAGCUCACAGUGCAGUGAUCAGAGAGAAAUGGGCAUGAGGCCUCGGCUCGGCAGCAGUCUCUCUCUCACUGUGAAACCAAGGAUUAUUCAUUAUUCAUACUCAGCCACAAAGCAUUGGGUUUAUAUCAGGGGAGACUGUCCUCAUGAUCUGCAUUCAUCUGCUUCUUAACAGCCUUUUCAGUCAGUCUGUCUGUCUGUGUCUGUCCCUCACUGUGUUAAUGUCCUCCCUGAAUGUUGUGAUUCUCAGGAGACUGCAGGAAGAGGAGCAGCAGCUCCGGACGUCCUCUCUGCCGGCCAUCCCCAACCCCUUUCCCGAGCUCUCCAGCUCUCCUGUCCUCAGCCCUGGGUCUUUACCUCCGUGUCAGCCCUCAGGCACAUACGUAAGUCAGAGACCCUUCUCUUCAGUCCUUACUAUGGUAGCUGAGGUAACCAUGAAGAUUGUCCAUGAAAAUGGCAACUAAAGUAUAGUAUCGUACAUCUUACAGUACCAUGGCAGUUUGGUAUAUUUCUCCCACGGUCAUUAUCUCUCAUCAGAAUCAGUGAAACUAGCUUUAAAACAGCAACAUUUUGUCUCUGCGUCCCCCAUAUGUUGCCCAAAAACCUUUGCAAUAUAUUUGUUUUCUUUCAAAUACUUUGAACUGCUUGAUAGAGCUUGCCUGGCUCAAUGGAACCAGUAGAAAGUGCAAGCCCAGCCAAUCUGGCACUUCAGGCAGGCUCAAUCAAAGUAUUUGACAGAAGACAAAUACUAUUUGAACCCAGGUCUGGCCUGUAAGAACUGGCAGCAUGGGCUGUAGUCUGUAGAUGCAGGGAGCUGGGUGAUGGAAAAUAACCAUUUAGUUAGUACUAUGUACCUUUGGCUACAACAUGCAUCUGUUGUAAAGCAGUUCUAAAGCAUUUUUUUUUUACAACUUGUGAUUGGCCCACUAUACUGCGCUAAAGACAUAUGUUGCCCAAAAACCUUGCAUAGUGUGUGUGAGUUUGCCUGAGUGUGUGUGUGCGCGUGUUUGUGCAUCUGUGUGUAUGUGCACGUGUGAGGCUGGGGGUCGUAGAGAUGGGCCCUGCUCCACAGCUGGCUCUGCUUUGCUCUCCCAGCAUGCAGUGCCUGCCGUCUAGAAUCGUGUAUAUCUGUCUGUUCGUCCGCCUGUCUGCCUUCCUGCCUGCCUGCAUGCCGACCCUGCCGGCCUGGCUGGCUGACAGGGUAGGGCUGGUGAGAAGUUGCGCUGUUUACAGAAUUUUCCGACCUCUGGGCGCUUUCUGACAGGCUCUCAUUUCUCAUCCCCAGCCCCCGCGCAGUGGAGGCACGCCAACGCUGCCGGCUGGCCUGGCCUGUCAGGGAUCACUGGGCAAUCUGUUACACGACGCCCAUAUGAUUUUCAUUUGCCUCCCCUUCAAAGUCUCAGUCAAGGACCCAGCUCUCUCUCUCUUUCUCUCUCUCGCUGUCUCACCCCAGCCGUGCUCUUAAAAUGGUAGUGUUAACAAAUAACUGACUUGUUUCGUUAUGGACGGACGGAUGUUCACUGGCUGGUUUUGACAACCCUGGUGGCGUAGGGUCUUUCAUGGUCUGUUAACUGAGCUGGAGAUCGAGGGUCAUGACCAGCCAGUAGUCACUAUACUAACCUAUCCUGAUGCUGCCAGCCUGACUGACCUGGACACCCUGUCCCUAGUGUUGUUGUGUCUUCAACUGGUCUGCACACAAUGUUCUCUGUAAUUAGUGGAAGUAUGCUGACCAGUCAUCAGUCCUAAAAGGCACCAGGAUGGAUGCGACACACAUAACUGGCUCUCAGAGCAGUCCAAGGGCAUCCAUCACCAUGCAGUCAGACCCUGGGUUCCAGCCCACACCACACACCAUCAGGGACAGGUCUAAGCAUGCCAGCGACACUGCAUGUGACGCAACUGUGCUGCAGCCCUAUUACUGGGUUAAUAAACUGCACCGUCAUGCCUGGUGCCUAGUCCUCCUUAGCUUAGCCUCUUUUCUGUUUCUAUUAGACUGUUGUUAAGUUGACACACCGGUGACACAGGUUCACCUCCCGCUCCCAUCCCCUCCCUCCGCCUGUCCCCUUGUGUGCAACGCUUUAUCCUUUUAAAUCUUUCUGUGAACUCAACAGCUGGUACGCACGCACGCUGAAAGGAGAAGAGGAGUAG